AAAGGGAAUUCCAACCUGUGGAAACUUGGGGGUCCCCGAGGUCGGCUCCUUCCCCUUGACUGUGGAUGGUGCCAGGGAAAGAGCCUCUAGCGGCUCGUGGGGGGCAGUUUUGGGGUCCGCAGGGUGAGGGCGGAGGGGAGUGUCAGAGUGUGAGUGGGAUACGGGAGUUCCAAACUUAGAAUCUUGAGGCCCGCCGGCCUCCGGCGCCGGGGAGAGGGAGCUCGGGCCGCCAUGCGGGACAGGACCCACGAGCUGAGGCAGGGGAAUGACAGCUCGGACGAUGAAGACAAGGAGCGAGUCGCGCUGGUGGUACACCCGGGCACUGCACGGCUGGGGAGCCCGGACGAUGAAUUCUUCCAGAAGGUUCGGACAAUUCGGCAAACUAUUGUCAAGCUGGAGAAUAAAGUCCGAGAGUUGGAGAAGCAGCAGGUCACCAUUCUGGCCACGCCCCUUCCCGAGGAGAGCAUGAAGCAGGACCUGCAGAACCUGCGCGACGAGAUCAAACAGCUAGGGAGGGACAUCCGCGCUCAGCUGAAGGCCAUAGAGCCCCAGAAGGAGGAAGCUGAUGAGAACUAUAACUCGUUCAACGCAAGAAUGAGAAAAACCCAGCACGGGGUCCUGUCCCAGCAAUUCGUGGAGCUCAUCAACAAGUGCAACUCAAUGCAGUCCGAAUACCGGGAGAAGAACGUGGAGCGGAUUCGGAGGCAGCUGAAGAUCACAAAUGCUGGAAUGGUGUCUGACGAGGAGCUGGAGCAGAUGCUGGACAGCGGGCAGAGCGAGGUGUUUGUGUCCAAUAUACUGAAGGACACACAGGUGACUCGACAGGCCCUAAAUGAGAUCUCGGCCCGGCACAGUGAGAUCCAGCAGCUUGAGCGCAGUAUCCGUGAACUUCAUGAGAUUUUCACUUUUCUGGCUACUGAAGUGGAGACGCAGGGGGAGACGAUCAACAGAAUUGAGAAGAACAUUCUGAGCUCAGCAGACUAUGUGGAACGUGGGCAGGAACAUGUCAAGAUGGCCCUGGAGAACCAGAAGAAGGCGCGGAAGAAGAAAGUCUUUAUUGCCAUCUGUUUGUCCGUCACUGUCCUCAUUCUGGUGGUCAUCAUUAGCGUCUCCACGUUGGUUUGAUAGUGCUGCAUAUUCUCGAAUCAAACUGUACGACCCAUGGUACCUACUGGAAUCUGAUAGCGACUGUCAAACCGACGCGGAGACUGCCACAUCUACGCAGCUGGGUGUCCACGUGCAGCGUGUGUCUUCCGCUUGGCCGUGCUGGACAGCGCCACCCUGAAAGGCUGCUUACCCGUCUCACCCAGGACGCCGUCCAGAACCUCCUGGAAGAGGUUGGCUAGAUGGCCAAGCGAGGGCUCAGAUGCCGGGCUCAACAAUUUGAACUUUUUCUGUGGGCUGUGGGGACCUAUAGAAGGUUUUUGAACAGGUGAGUGGCAAGUUUGGAGCAGACUUAGCAGACAAGUGCACUGGAGGUUUCACAGGCUCCCUUGCGUAUACCCCUUCCCUGUGGGAAACCGACCUGAGUGAGGGGCUAAGGGCAGGUUUUGCACUGAAAUCCUGGCUUGGCUGCUGUCAGCCCAGCUUUCAGGGAACAUGGCCUGUGUUAGUUUUGGCUUUUCCAAAUCAUGUUGCAUCACAGCCUUUCACCUGCAGCCCUCUCCACUUACUCCCUCACCCGCUGAAUAUUUCAUGGUUCAGAUUCUUAAGAAAAGGAACCUGACUGGUCUAGGUCAGGCUACAUUGACCUACCUAUGAAUUGUCUACCUUGAGUCAAGAUUUUACCCUUGACCAAGAAGUAUGAGAGGUAUUACACGGUACAAAACGCUGCAGCAGAGUGCAUAUGAAGCAAGAAUGGACGAGUUCAGUGAUUGAUAUCAGUUUCUGGUACAGCCCUGUGGUAGAUUAUUGUUCCAAAUAUAUGCUGUCUUUCCUACUGGGCCCCUCACUUUAGGAGGAUUAUACAUUCAUGCCCCACUUACAGUGGGCUUGGCUAUGGCCAGUGGAAUGUGAGUAGAAAUGCAAAGUACCACUUCCAAAUAGAAGCUUUAAGCACCAAUGAGUAUUCUGAGAGCUUCCCUUCUCUUUUUCCUUGGCCAUGAAACUGUCAGUUGCCAGAUCAAGACUUCUUCAGCCUGGAACCCAGAAUUAACAGGACAUGAAGCUGAGCUGUAGCCCACCUGUAAAAUGAUGCGUAAUGUAAAUGAGAAACUUCUCUUGCUGUGAGCCACUGAUAUUUUGAGGUUGGUUGUUUCCACAUCAACAGUCCUUUCAUCUGUUACAGAAUUAUUACCCAGCAGUGGGGUGUUGCUACAAUAAAAAAUAA